UCGUCUCAAUAAAGUAGGACCUACAGUCAUUUUUGGUUAGACUAUUUAGGCUCAAGUUGAUUAUUAUUAUUAUUAUUUAAUUUCUGUUUUUUCCAUUGUGAAAUCAUUGACCAAUACUUUGAGUUCAAACCCCACAAAUUUCAACGCACACAUGAGAAAAUCAAAAUUCUAGUUAAGUUUAGUAAGCAAUAGCUAGGAAACCAUACUACACCUCUCUUGUUUUUCUCCUAAGUUCUUUCCGGGUUCUCAGUUGGCUGAUGACGACGGUGCUUGUGGUGUUGGUAGUUUUAUUGUUAACCAAGACCACGAUUUCGCAAUCAAACACGAGUGUUAACUAUCCAGACAUUCCCAACCACUGCCGUGGUAGCGUGCCGAGGUCAAACUUUUUCAAAAACCGCAACUCUACCUUAGAAGAACUCAGAAUGCAACUAUUGAGCAAAAGAGUUCUUUAUGCUAGAGCACAGAAUUCAAGUGGUGGGGACCCGGUUUUUGCUGAAGCGCAGUGCCGGAACUACCUCACCGUAGAUCGUUGUGUUGAUUGUUUUGAUGCUGCCGUUUUUAACCUUGUUAAAUGCAUAGAUGGCGAUGGUGCUAUCGUCUUUCUUGAUGAUUGCAGUGCCAGGUACGAGGCGUUUUCACACUUCUAUAAUAACCCAAAUGUCGACGAGGAUCUGGAUGGGACUAGUGGCUUUUCGAUUUGUGGCAAUGUGUCAGCAUCUCAACCCUUAUCAAGUUAUACACAAACUGUAGAUGAUUUUUUAUCAGAUAUUAGAGAUGCUACUCCAAAAACAUCUAAUUCAUAUGUUGCAAGUAUAAGGCGAAUCGCGAAUGAAAAUGCAACCGUGUAUGCUAUUGCACAAUGUGCUGAAAAUAUAAAUCAAGCUCUUUGCCAAGGAUGCAUGAAUACAGCAUACAACAAAUUAAAAGAAUGCCUUCCAAAUACAGAGGGGAAGUAUUUCGACAAUGCAUGUUUUGCAAAGUAUUCAGAGACUCCAUUAUUCAAUGAUAACCAGACAAUAGACAUAACAGAUAUAUUAAAAGGCGUGCAUUCAAGCAAGGUACCCAUAAUUGCUGGAGCCAUUGGUGGUUUAGUUCUCUUGUUCCUUAUAUUUGCUUUGUGCUUAUUUCGAAGAUUGAAGAACUCCAAGAAGGCGGAACAAGAGGAUUUAAAUGGAACACCAAACUACAAUUAUAAAGAUCUAGAGUUCGCAACCAAUAAUUUCAGUGCAGAAAAUAUUAUAGGGAAAGGAGGAUUUGGUGAAGUGUACAAGGCAAUCAUUGAUGAUAAGAAUGUUGUGGCAGUAAAGAAACUUCAAGUACAAGAUGUUAGAGCAAAAGAAGACUUUGAGAAUGAAGUUAAGCUUGUAAGUAACAUUCAUCAUCGAAAUCUUCUUCGUCUCCUGGGAUGGUCGAGUGAAGAUUCUGAUCUAUAUCUGGUCCUCGAAUAUAUGGCAAAUGGAAGCCUUGACCAAUUCCUAUGGGGCGCAAAAAAGGGGACUUUGGACUGGAACCAACGAUAUGAAAUAAUAUUGGGGAUAGCUAAGGGUCUUGCUCAUCUACAUAGUGAAUGUCAUGUAAAGAUCAUUCACAGAGAUAUUAAAUCAAGCAACAUCCUCCUUAGUGAUGAUUUUAAAGCUAAAAUAGCAGAUUUUGGGUUGGCAAGGUUUCAACCAGAAGAUGAAACUCAUGUUAACACCAAGUUUGCUGGGACAUUGGGAUAUGCAGCGCCUGAAUACGUACUUCGUGGUGCUUUAUCGGAUAAGGUUGAUACUUACAGCUUUGGUAUCGUGAUUCUUGAAAUCAUUAGCGGCCAAAGGUCUACCGACAUUAACUCUGAUCGGCCAUCAACGGAAUACCUCCUUGAACAUGCAUGGAAGUUAUAUGAGAAGAAAAUGCAUAGAGCACUUAUUGACGAGACAUUGGACUUGAAUCAAUACCAACAAGAACAUGCUAUGAAGAUCACUGAGAUUGCCUUGUUGUGCACUCAAUCUCCAGCUUCAAGUAGACCAACCAUGUCUGAAGUGGUUUUGAUGCUUCAAGAGGAUCAAUCAUUGGGGAAAAGACAGUUAACAAGGCAUACUUUUAUUCACAAUCAAGAUAGGAUGAUUCAUAUAUUAGGUUCUUGAGAUAAAUAUAUUGGUGUCCCGAAUGUCUAGAAAACAAACUAAGGAAUCUCAGAAAUUCAACUACAUAGUGAAAUAGCAUACAAUCAAGUAGAUUGAGGGGAUAACUGUUGCAAAGAAUUUGUAACUUUUCUUAUUAGACAACAUCUUCAUUAUGGUAUCAAUUGAUGAUUUUUGAGAUA